AGGAGCUCAAACUUAAAAGGCUCCUGCUAAGAAUCAAGUCGUUUCAUUUCCUUCUUACUGGUGGUCCUGUUGUGGCCCUUGUGUGAGGGUUGAGCCCUGGUCCAGCCCCCAGUGAGCAGAGAGCGAGCAUUUCACCAUGGCAGCCUGCUGCAGCUGGAGUGAUGUUUUCCAGUAUGAAACAAACAAAGUCACCCGGAUCCAGAGCAUGAAUUAUGGCACCAUUAAGUGGAUCUGCCACCUGAUCGUCUUUUCCUACGUUAUCUUUGCCCUGGUGAGUGACAGGCGGUACCAAUGGAAAGAGCCUCUAAUCAGUUCUGUGCACACCAAGGUGAAAGGAAUAGCAGAGGUGAGAGAAGAGAUCACCGAGAACGGAGUGAAGAAGGUGGUGCAGAGUGUCUUUGACACCGCAGAUUACACCUUCCUCUUGCAGGGGAACUCGUUCUUUGUGAUGACAAACUUUCUCAAGACAGAAGGCCAACAGCGGGGGUUGUGUCCUGAGUAUCCCACGCGCAGGACGCUCUGUUCCUCUGACAGGGGUUGUAAAAAGGGAUGGAUGGACCCGCAGAGCAAAGGAAUCCAGACUGGAAGAUGUGUACUGUACAAAGGGAACCAGAAGACCUGUGAAGUCUCCGCCUGGUGUCCCAUCGAGGCAAUGGAAGAGGCCCCCCGGCCUGCGCUCUUGAACAGUGCUGAAAACUUCACUGUGCUCAUCAAGAAUAAUAUCGACUUCCCUGGCCACAAUUACACCACGAGAAAUGUCUUGCCAGGUUUAAACAUCACUUGUACCUUUCACAAGACUCAGAAUCCACGGUGUCCCAUUUUCCGACUAGGAGAUAUCUUCCGAGAAACAGGAGAUAAUUUUGCAGAUGUGGCAAUUCAGGGAGGAAUCAUGGGCAUUGAGAUCUACUGGGACUGCAUCCUGGACAGUUGGUUCCAUCGCUGCCGUCCAAAAUACAGUUUCCGCCGCCUUGACGACAAGACCGCCAGCAAGUCCUCGUACCCUGGCUACAACUUCAGAUAUGCCAAGUACUAUAAGGAAAACAAUGUUGAAAAACGGACUCUGAUAAAAGUCUUCGGGAUCCGUUUUGACAUCCUGGUUUUUGGCACUGGAGGAAAAUUUGACAUUAUCCAGCUGAUUGUGUUCAUCGGCUCAACUCUCUCCUACUUUGGUUUGGCCACCUUGUUCAUCGACUUUCUCAUCAACACUUACUCAAGUAAAGGCUGUCGGACCCGUAUUUAUCCCUGUUGCAAGUGCUGCGAGCCCUGCUCAGUCAAUGAAUACUACUACAGGAAGAAGUGUGAGUCCAUUGUGGAGCCAAAGCCGACAUUAAAGUAUGUGUCCUUUGUGGAUGAAGCCCACAUUAGGAUGGUGGACCGGCAGCUACUUGGGAGAAGUCUGCAAGAUGUCAAGGGUGAAGAAGUUCCAAGACCCUCGAUGGACUUCACAGACUUGUCCAGGCUGCCCCUGUUUCUCCAAGACCCACCCCCAACUUCUCAACAACCAGAGGAGAUCCAGCUGCUUAGUGAAGAGGUGACUCUUAAACACAGAGACAGCCCGCACUGGUGCCAGUGUGGAAACUGCCUCCCAUCCCAGCUCCCUGAGAGCCAUAGGUGCCUGGAGGAGCUGUGCUGCCGGAAAAAGGUGGGUGCCUGCAUCACCACCUCAGAGCCGUUCAAGAAGCUCGUCCUGUCCAGACGCGUCCUGCAGUUCCUCUUGCUCUACCAGGAGCCCUUGCUGGUGCUGGACGCAGAUUCCACCAACAGCCAGCUGCGGCACUGUGCCUACAGGUGCUACACCACCUGGCGCUUUGGCUCCCAGGACCUGGCUGAUUUCGCUAUCCUGCCUAGCUGCUGCCGCUGGAGGAUCCGCAGAGAGUUUCCCAAGAGUGAAGGCCAGUACAGUGGCUUCAAGGGUCCUUACUGAUGGCAUGGGACUGAGCAGUCAUAUUAACAUUACCUUUGCUUGCACUUGGAGCUUCACCUGCAAAGAUCUGUGGCCAGAUUUUCAGCCAAAGGGCAAUGUGCUUUCCUCUCCUACAGCUAUGUGUGUCAGAGAGGAGGGUGGCCGGGGUAAACAAACAAACAAACCAGAAUUCCUCAGCAUGGACUAAGUGUCAAGAGAUUCAGAUUUAUGUCUUAAUUUUGUCCCUAGGAAGUUGUGUGAUCCUAGGCCUUUAACCUCUGUAUCUCAGUCGCCUUGUUAUCCAACCUACUAUCUCACAGAGAUAUUGGCAGGAUAAAUUGAGACAGAGUACAUGAACUUUCUCCUUAAUGCAUACAGAGCUACAUGAACGCAAAGCAGCUCGUUAUGAGGUCAGACUAGGAUAAUGUCCAACUAUGAACAAACCUUUUGGGUUCUGGUUGGAGAAUGUGGAAGAUUAAAAGUGGCCACAAAUUCUUUGGCACUUGUCCGUCAAGACCUGAAGGUUAUGUCUCCUCCCCUCGCAUCUGGGCAGCUCUGCCUGCUUUAUCCAACAGUGGAAGUUAAGCUGUGUCAGCUUCAGGGUCUUGGUUUUAAGAGGCUGGCAGCUUCCACUUCCUGUCCCUUGACACUCUUGCUGUGAAGAAAGUCAGCCCUCAGGUAAAAGUCUGACUAUCCUGAAACCACCCUGCUGUGAGGAAGCCCAAAGAGCCACAUGGAGAGGAGAGACACCCAACCAGCCCCCAGCUUUCAAGCCAUCCAAGCCCAGUCACUAGACAUGGGAGAGAAGAAGACUUCAGAGGAUUCGAGUUUGCUAACAUAUGACUGCAACUGCAGACACCCCAAGUGAGAGCUGCCCAGUGAACCCACAGAACAAAAUGGUUGUUUUAAGCCACUAAGUUUUGGGUUGUUUGUUACACAGCAACAAAUAAGUGGGACAGAGAGCAAGCCUGACUCAUGGGAACAUAGACUCAGCCCAUACCGGCCCUGGUUCUAAGGUUCUUAGGGAGCCUGGACCACCCCUGGACCCCCUCAGGGGCUUAGGUUUCUAUUUGGCAGUUCUAGGAGGGCCGCAGACCAAAUCAGGUAACUCACCAGACGAGCCCUGGAAUCAUCCCAUCUAACUGCCGAGCUACUCAAUACAUUCCAAUCUGCAUCAUGUUUCUAUGACUACAAGUAACUACUGCUGUUAAAAACUGGAAAAAGCCACCUUCAUGCCUUUAACAUCCUGUACUUUGCAGCAAAUUAGAAUGGAUGCAGUCUGGAUGCUACUUAAAAAGCAACUCCCACCCAAACCUUUACCAUUUCUAUACAUCAACUGCUAAGAAGAUGAAAAUGGAUAGUCGUAGGUGUUAGGAUCCUCUGCAGCAUUUCCUUUUCAUGGGUUUGGCACUACAAUUGACUAGUCAUCUAUUUCUAAACAAUGACUAUUUCAAAGAAUAAAUAGAAACCACUAUUUGAUACUGUGACUGAUGAAGGAUCUGUGAGGUUUUUUAUGCAUACUCUAAGAUUUACCAUUUUGAUACUUUUUAAAACCAGCAGCUUUCUACUGUAUUAAUGUAAAAUAGUGUGAACAAAAAUCUUUUCUUGACCCAGGAUUUUAUCUGGCUUUAAACUCAGGAAUCAAGUUACUUAGACCAGAUUCAACUUUCAUUUUUACUACCUUUCAGAGAUAUUUUUGAAAAGAGGAUUAUAUAUGACUUCUUCAGCAAUGAAAUUUUUUACUCCUAGAAUUCUAUGUAACUGCUACAGAUUUCCAUUUGAUGGCCUGAACCUUUAUACCUUAUUUUGGGUGCCUUAUUCCUAGCAUGUUUCUAUCACCUUGUAGAGGCCCCAGAUAGAAUUUAGCAUGACAAAUACCACUGGAUCCACCUA